AUGUUACGCAUCUUUCUGCUAUUCCUCCUAUUCGUGAUUAAGAAUGCAUCAGUCAAUUUAGGGCUUCAAUAUGAAUUCCUCGAUGAAAUUAUCACAAAAUUUGCAUCAGAUAGUGAUGUACAAGAUUUUGAUUGCAAAUCAUCUUCAUUGAUAAAGGAUUCAUUCAUCUUCCCAGAAUGUUCAAUAAAAGAUGUUGAAUCUGUUUACACUGAAGGCCGGCCAUCAGUUAACAUGUCUAUGGUAGGCACCUUAUGUCAACUGCCAGAUGACUAUAGGAUUAUUCUUAAGACUAUCCCGACACAAGAUCAACGUGUGUAUAACAAGCCUGAAGUUGCACAAGUGCAACUAUUUGGGUUGAAGGCGAAGAGAACAGAGAACAUGGUAAAAGAAAUAUUGAAUUAUGUGAAAUUAGAAACACAAAGAUUAGCUUUCUACAGAAAACAACAACAUGAGUUACGACAAGAGUUCCUUCAAGGGGUUGUAGAUGCACUAGCAAGUGGUGAAACUAAUGCCUCAACUAUAGGUCGUCGUGUGGUUUUACCAGCAAAUUUUAUUGGUGGUCCAAGGAAUAUGAGACGAAAAUACAUUGACACUAUGGCAUUAGUGCAAAAGUUUGGAAAACCUAACAUUUUUCUUACAUUAACUUGCAACCCGAAUUGGCCAGAAAUUAGGCAACACAUGAUGAUUCAAGAGGAAACACAAAAUAGGGCCGAUUUAAUUGUAAGAGUUUUCCAUGCUAAACUUGAGCAAUUUAAAAAAGAAAUUUUGAAAAAAGAAAUAUUUGGAAAAGUUGUGGCGUACACUUAUGUGGUUGAGUUUCAAAGGAGAGGUCUUCCUCAUGCACAUUUUUUACUUAUACUUUCAUCUCAUUAUAAGAUGUACCAUUCAGAAGAAUAUGAUGAGAUUGUUUCUGCUGAAAUACCCGAUGAAAAGUCAAAUCCUCAUCUAUUUAGAAUGGUGUUGAAGCACAUGAUUCACGGUCCAUGUGGUGUUCUUAACCCACGUAAUGUUUGUAUGAAAAAAAGAGGCUUUUGCAAGAAUUUAUAUCCAAAAGCUUUUUGUUGUGAAACGACCCAAACUAAUGAUGCAUAUCCGACUUAUAGAAGACGUGACAAUGGCGUAAAGGUUAUGGUUAGAGGUAGGUGGAUUUCACCCCCCGAGGCAGCUUGGAGAAUUUUUAGAUUUUCAUUAGGCGAUAUCAAACCAGCGGUUAUUCAUUUACCCCUUCAUUUAGAAGAUUAUCAACCGAUAACCUUUAAAAGGAAAGAACAAAUAACCAAUAUUGUUGCCAAUUCAUCAAAGAGAAAAACUAUGCUUACUGAGUUUUUUGUUCAAAACAACACAUACAAAUUUGCACAACAUCUUAAUUUAACAUAUGUAGAGUAUCCAAACCAUUUUGUAUGGAAGUCAGAUACGACGAUUUGGUCACCCAGAAAAACUGAAAAAUCAAUAGGACGUAUUGUGCUUGCUCAUCCAAUUGAAGGUGAGAGAUAUUAUCUACGGAUACUUUUAUCCAAAAUAAGAUGUCCAAAAUCAUAUGAUAGUCUUAAGAUUUGUAAAGGAAUUAAGGUUGCUACCUUUCAAGAAUCUGCAUUACUACAUGGAUAUCUAAUUGAUGAUAAUAGCCAAAAAUUAUGCCUACAAGAAGCAUCAGUUUACCACAUGCCAUAUGAAUUACGAAGACUUUUUGCAAGCUUGCUUGUAUACACAAUUCCAAGUAAUCCUCGUGAGUUGUGGCUAUCUUUUGAAUCUGCAAUGUUAGAAGAUUUUCUACACUGCAACAAUUAUUCAAAAAAAGAAGCCAAACGAAACGCGUUUAAGCAAAUUAACACCUAUUUACAAUCAACAGGAAGACAAAUUCAUGAAUUUGAUAUAUUGCCAGAUGAUUUAUCAUAUACUGAUUUAGAUGAUCAAACAGAGGAAAUAAUCGCACAACAAAGUGGUAUAGGGAAAACUUUCCUAUAUAGAGCAUUGCUAGCAAAAAUCAGAUCAAAAGGACAUAUUGCAUUAGCAACUGCAACAUCAGGCAUUGCUGCAUCAUUACUUCCGGGAGGUAGAACAGCUCAUUCAAGAUAUAAAAUUCCAUUAGAUUUAAUAGACAGGUCAAUUUGUAGAAUUAGUAAGGAAUGUUCUUUAGGUAUAUUAAUUAAGACCUGUCAAUUGAUUAUUUGGGAUGAAGCUACCAUGGCAAAACGAUCUGCAUUAGAAGCUCUAGAUGACUUACUACAAGAUCUUAUGGAUUCAACAGAAAUUUUUGGUGGGAAAGUGGUUGUACUUGGUGGUGAUUUUAGACAAACAUUGUCAGUUGUUCGAAAUGGUAACAAGUCAAAUACAAUUGCUGUCUGUUUGACUAACUCUCAUCUAUGGCAAUCAUUGUCUCUACUACAACUAGAUGAAAAAAUGAGGUUAUUUCUAGAUCCUAUGUUUACAAAUUUUCUCCUAAGAAUAGGUGAUGGCAAAGAAAUCUCAGAUGAUAAUGAUUUUGUUACUCUUCCUACACAAAUCGUCAUACAAAAUAAUGCAACAACAAAUCAGUUAAAUGUUCUUAUAGACUAUGUUUACCCUAAUAUAUCCAACAUUUCAACCAAUGUCCAUUCUACCUUGAACCGAGCUAUAUUGACAACAAACAACAAUUUUGUACAUGAGAUCAAUGAUAUCUUAAUACACAAAUUCCCAGGUGAAGAAAUGGAGUAUAUUAGUUUUGAUGAAACACUUGAUCCAAACGACCAAGCUCAUUAUGAAGAUCUUCUUCACUCUUUAACUCCAAAUGGCAUGCCACCACAUUGA